GCUCAGGACCAAGUUUCUGUGUGCUACCUGUGUGCGGGCUGUGGUAGUUCAGACCUGUACCGGCAAGUGUUCAUGGUGAGAGCAAUCGAUGCCAGCCGGAAUAAUAGAACGCGGUCGUGGUUACCCGGCUCUGUGCAUGUGAGCGCUAGGGCGCGAGCGACAAUUUCGCAAACAAAAUUAAUGUUAAUGGAUAAGAAUUUACCGUUCAUGCAGCGCUACAAUUGACAUUUCCAAAGUAUCGGAUGCGAUUUUACAAUGGAUAACGUGGACGAGGACGAGAGAGCUCUUGUUUCCAGCGUCCCCAGGGGGAUACAGAAUGUUAGAUACUCGAGCUUCACAGAAAGCCAUAACAUUGGUGAUGUCAGCGAUGGCUUCUCCAGCCGGCCAAUACUGCAACAGGAAGGCCAGUCAGCAAGGGGACGAUUUCACAAAUUUGGAAUGCCGUCAUCGAGUCAGAGGUCGUUUGAUAGUGAUCCGUGCCGUUACAAGUGUCACCCGACCCUUUCUAGCACUCCCAUGGACACAAGCACACUUGCACACGGAAGCCUAGUGGCCAUUCUUUCACUAUGGGGCAACAUGCUUGGUGCUGCAUGUUGGUAUUGCCGUGGGCAAUGGCUAAGGCAGGUUUUGGUGCGGGGUAUUGCUCUCGUCCUGGUCACAUCCCUAGCGCUGCUCUACACGUGUCGGCUGGUGGUGCAGAGGAUGCACGAUGCCGGUGUUGGAGGUGCCGCUGCCGAUUUCUCCGCCGUGUGCAGCUGCUACCUGGGCAAGUGGGGAGAGCGUGCGUGCAACGUGGGAAUGUGCCUGAGUGACUUCUGUAUCCUGACCAUUCACUGGAUGCUACUGAGCAACUUCAGCUUCUACUCUGUAGCAUUGGCUGCUGGUGAGUAA